AUACGGCAUAUCUUAGGAUAGUUGUAAAAAAAGAAUUAAUUUUUGUUUUUCAUGGAAUCAUUAGAAAUGUUUACGCUGGUGCGAAUUGAGUGGCCUUAGUUAAAUCGCUGUUCAUGUGAAAGAUAACAAUGGUGUGCAAGUCAUUGGAGUGUCGCUCAUGUCAUUCAACAAUUAAUAUUUCAUAUAAAAAUUCUGCACAGUGUGAAGUAACAUAAUCUAAUGUAUAUUUUUAUUAAGCGCUACUUCUAUAUAGAUCUCGAUGAAAUAUUUCUUUGAUAAAAAAAAAUUGAUAGAGAACGAUAGAAUUUCUAUCAAUUUGUAUUUUCUAUAAGCUCUAUCGUUCGCGAGCAUUAGAUAUAAAUCCUAUCGUAUUUUAUUUGGUACACUCUAAAAAAACACAUGUAAGAGAUUUAAUUGUCGCUUAGCUCACUUCAUGUGGGCUACGGCUUGCUUCAUGUCGUUUGUGCCUGUCAAAUUAUCAGGCAAAUAACUGUCAUCGCGUUGGUUAGCUCAUGAAGAAAAGAAUACAGGAAAUAUAUAAAUUAUAAGAAUAGAAGAAUAGAGAAUAGAAGGGUAGAGGAAAAAGAGGAAAAAGAAAGGGCAAACAAAGAGAGAAGCAUAUUAUUUAGGCGAAAAUAAUGGUAAGAAUAAAGUAAUUUAAAAGGUCAUUGUAGUGAUAAAGAUGCUAAAUAACGCACGCGUAGCGCGUGACUGUAAUGUUCUAGUUCUAUAAGGAUCGGGUUCUAUUUGUAUUAUAUAGGAAACUGACGAUAGAAAUUCUAUCACUAUCUAUUGUAUUCUAUUGUAUACGAUAGAAUACUAUUCACAUUUGUGAAUUCACGAACCAAAAUCCAUAUUCAAAACGAUAUAAAACGAUAGAACGAUGGAAUUUUAUUCUAUCGUUUGCUAUAAACUUUUUUUUUUACCAAGGUUCUCUUUCCCGACUAGUUAUUUUAUCAGAAUACAGAAGUCUGACCUAUGACAGGUACCAGUUAGAAGAAUUUAAAUAAAGAUUUUGAAUGUUGUUAUAUUUUAAAUAAAGAUCUUUGAAUGUUGUUAUAUUUUAUAUUUCUAUGGUUUGUUACGUAUAGGUCAAAUAAUUUAUAUCAUCAUGUAUAAACAUUUUUCUUGAGUCCCUUUCUCUUAUCUUUGCAAUCGUUUUUUGUUUUACAUUCUUUUUGUCCUUUUAUAUAAGAUCUAUUCAUUUUAAUUGCAUUUUUUCUGUAACUUUGUGUUUUCUUCGUUGUGUAUCUUCGUGUUUCGUCUCAUUUUUUUUUCGUCCAUUUCUCGAUUAUUUACGUCAACUCGAGUGUACAAGGUGUACUGUGCAGUGCAAUUAGAAACCACACGUCUUCCAACACUUGAUGCGGGUGCAUUAUGAAAUUUCUGUAUAUAUGCAUAAAGAAGUUACAACCUUUCGCAAUCAAUGUACACUCUAAAUUACAUUAUAUUUAUUUUUUAAUGCGAACAACUUUCCAUUUGUGUUGACCGUCAUCGUAGAGGAAUAAUUAUGGUAAGACAGAUAUAAAGUCCCAGAAAAGAUGGCAAGUUCUGGUACAAAAAUUGUGAUUAUUUUAAUUGUUGGUGUAAUUAUAACAAUUUUUGGUGUACUCACAGGAUCAUUUUGGCCUUCUAUAUAUAAUUGGACUGUUGCAAAAGUCUUAAUAUUAACACCAUCAUCUAUAAGUUACAACAUGUGGAAAGAAACACCUAUUCCAAUGUACUUUAAAUUUUACAUGUUCAAUUGGACUAACCCAAGAGAAUUUAUUGCUUCAAAUGCAAAGCCAAAUUUUGUGGAGAUGGGACCUUAUGUUUUCCGGGAAAUCGAUUAUAAAGUAAACAAGGUGUGGAAUGAUAAUGGGACUGUCACAUUUCAAAGGAGGAAAGAGUGGUAUUUCGAUGAAUCAUUGUCUAAUGGCAGUCUAUCUGACAAGAUAACCAACUUGAAUCCAAUCGCUGCAACUGUCGCGUUUUCCGUGAGAAAUAAGACAAAGUUUAUGCGCGAGAUAACUGAUAAAAUAAUAAUAGCUCUAGGAGAGCCAUUAGUAAUAACUAAAAGCGUAGGUGAACUGUUAUUCGACGGAUACAACGAUACAUUGCUGCGUGUUGCAAAAAAAUUAAACGCGACCACUUUACCUUAUACUAAGUUUGCAUGGUUUUAUGCGAGGAACAACUCGGACAGUUAUGAUGGCACAUUUAAUAUGUUUACCGGGUCAUCUAAUUUAUAUGAUCUAGGACAGGUCCAGGAAUGGAAUUACAAUCAUAAGACGAGCUAUUUCAAAGAUUCGUGUGGCACAAUAAGAGGAACUAAUGGUGAUUUGUGGCCACCUUUGUCGAAUAAUAGUACCGUGUCUAUAUUUAUCAAUGACAUUUGCACAUCUUUGAACUUGGAGUUCGAAAAUCUAACGACAUUUCAAGGUCUAACUGGAAGAAAAUAUAUCGGAAACGAUAAGAUGUUAGAUAAUGGUGACAAAGUAGCAUCAAGACGGUGUUAUUGUCCUGAUGGAGAUUGCGGACCUAGCGGGACUUUAAAUAUUUCGUCCUGUAAAUUUGGAGCACCGGCAUUCGUUAGUAUGCCACACUUUUAUCUAGCAGAUCCAAGUUACAGAAAUGCUGUGUCAGGAAUGCAUCCUAGUCAAGAAAAACACGAGCUCUCGAUGCUUAUUGAACCGACUACAGGUAUCCCGCUGCAAGUUAAGGCGCAACUACAAUUAAACUUGCUGUUAGAACCAGUGGAGUAUGUGAGUAUGUUCCAAAAUCUAACAAGAACUUAUAUUCCAAUGCUGUGGUUCACUCAAGAAGCUAAUUUAACUGCCAGUUACGCGAGCAUGGUUAAGGUGGUUCUGAUUCUUCCAUCAUUGGGCGUUGUAACGUGUUUUGGGAUAGCAGGUAUCGGAAUUUUGAUAUUUUUCAUUGGAAUUUUUAUUUAUAUCCGAGAGAAAUGGCGACAUGAGGAAAGGCAGGUUCUGUUAUCUAAACAGGAAGAUGAUGCUACAGGUAGAAUCGAUACGUGGUAACUUUAUUUUUUUAAGUGCCAUAGAUAGAAUAUUUGUACUUUCUUUUAUAAUUUCAAUUAAUUUCUUUUUAUAAUUGAGGCUUCCCUUUUUUUAAUUAGUAUCAUAGCAAAAAUAAGACUGUAUGAAUGUCUUAUAAAUAUUUAACGGGACACAGUUAAUGUAUUGUAAGAGCAUACAGUACGUGAACGUGUACAAGUGCCUAUUAAUAUAGUCACAUAUCGAAUAAGUAAACGAUAAUACAUGUAAUUGAAAUAGUCCAUAAGAUAGUCAUAAGAUAGUAUUAAACUAAAAAGAGAAAAAUUUAUUUCUGAACUAAAAAUUAACGAAUAUGCGAGAAAACAAUCUUUUUUUGAUGAUAUGUGUGUGUGUGUGUGUGUGUGGUGUGUGUGGUGUGUGUACAGUGUGUACAGUGUGUCCUAUUUUAAAUAAUAUAUUUUAAUAUCUCAAAAGGUCAUUCAAGAUUAAGUCCAUAUUUUUAUUAUGUGUCCCUCUCUAAACUUUUGUCUGAAAAAUUGUUGUCUAUGACGAGGUAUACAAGAGAUAUUAAAAUAUAAUAAUUAAAAUAGGAUACCCUCUUUCUCUGUACAUAUAGGUGCAAAUUAAAAUUAGGGUUGCAAAUAUUCGAACAGUGAUGUCAUUGUCUAUUGAUAUUCCGGGUACUUCGAAGUAUCAUCCGAAAACAUCCGAAUAUUUAAAUAACGAUAUGAUCCGGAUUCAAAUCGUAUCUUAAUUAAAAUAGAAUAUAUAAAUAUAGUAUAAAUAGAGAGUAUAAUACUUUGUUAGGUAUAUAGCUAUUAUAUACAUAAACUGUAAUAAAAUACAAUCAAACAAACGAUUAUGCUGAACAAAGCUAGAAUUUAUCGCUACUAUAUAUCUACAAAAGAGACUCGUGUUAUUAUAUAGAAAAAAGUAAUUUUAUAGGCGUUCAAAUUCGCAAUUUAAAUGUAACAUGCAUGAGAGAAUUUCAAUUAGCGACUUUUCCGCCUGUUGCGUAUGAGCAGUAAGAAAGUUAUCAUUCAGAAAAUUACAUUGUUAGUUGCUUGCACACCGCGCAGAAUAUUGAAAUUUACAAUUAUAUAAUUUCAAAAUGUGUGCUCAAUUUAUUGAAUUUGUUUAAUAAUUUACGUGCAAUAAGCGCGGUUUUAUUGAAAAUUAUCAUAUGCUCAAAAUCCUGAUUAUAUUUGUGCUACGACUUUUGCUAUUUUAUAUCUUAACAAAUUAUUAUAUUCUUAUAUUAUUUCAUUUGAAAUAAUCGUUAUAAUAUAUAACCAAAUUGUAUCUAUAUUAGAAAUUAUAGUCAGAUGCGGGGAAGUCUUGGAAAAUAUGCUGGUUAAUGAUGAAAUAAUACGAAUAUCUCAUUAUGUUAAAUAAUUAAGAAAUUUAUUCAAACUGAAGCUGUUAAAAGUAAAUUUGUAAAUAAAACUAGUUGGAAUCUGAUAAACACUUAAUAUUAUAUUAUACUUUCUCCAAUUUUGAAUGCAACAAGAUAUAUUUAUAUAUAGUCACACAUGUGUGUGUACAUACCACAUACAUUUCGAUAUUUGUUGUAAAUCCUAAAUAUCUGUGAUAUUCAAUGGUGAAGUAAUAAAUACGCGUAAAAAUGUUGCAAAAAAUA